AUGAAAGAUUUGCAAAUAACAUGCGAUACAGAAGUGCCUGCACCUUCUACUGACAGUAACCUGUUUAAUAGAUGUGUUGAUACUGAUUCUCCUUAUCGAGAUUACAGUUUACCACGUGGGGAUAUGACUGGUUUUGAGCAAGGAUCUCUCGCAUACAGUAAGCCAUCAGGAAGCAAACAUUAUUCCGUUACACGCAAUUACGACGUACCAAAAGAUACUUUGAACAGUGAUGUGUUAAAAAGUGGAUCUCACGGAAUGUUAUCCGGUUCUCCAACAAAACAACCUCUACUACACGGACCAGCCCAGAAACAUUCAGUGUCUCACAAAAGUGCACUUCGAAGUCCUCCUCCAACCAUUGUCCUCAGCCCUCCAGAAGAGACAUCGCCGGAAAGAGCGGAAGUAAUAUUUGAAUACGAUAAUGAGAAGUAUACAGAGCAACCCAAUUUUUUGAUUCGUUACAAAAGACUGAUAUUAACUGUUACAAUAAUUUCAUUAAUGUUGCUAUUAUUAACAUUUGUUGUAAUGAUGAUUUAUGCAGCGCACCACAGAAAAUUAUGA